UCCUUGUGUUUGGUUCCUUUCCCCUGCGCCCAGGCCAGGCUAGGGUUUCUCACACGCCAGCAGGCAGCCAGAUCCGCGCCGCCGGCCGCCCAUUCAGACCACCAGGAUGAGCUGCUGCUGCUGCAGCUGCUUCGGCUUCCUCAGCAAGCUGCACCACCGCCCCGCCGCCGGAGACAGCGACGGCGCGCCGUCCAAGGUCCUGCUUUUGCCGAGGUCCAGCGACGGCGGCAGCUUCUACGCCGGGGACAACAGCAGCAGCUUCCUCGGCGACGAGAGCAGGAGCUUCUACGAGAGGGAAGAGGAGGACUACCUCCUCCGCCAGAGCGACGGCGACGACGAGCCGCCCCGCAAGCGGUCCGAGGACAUCAUACUCUCCCGGGCCCGGAACGGCUUCGCCUGCAGGGACAGCCUCGUCAGGGACACCAGGAAGCUCUUCCGCUCAGAGGACGAAACAACCGGCUGUAAGAUGAUCAACCAGUAUGUUCACCUGGGCAAGAUUGGUGCUGGGAGCUAUGGCAAAGUGGUUAAAUACCGAAACAUCAAGGACGGAAGGUUAUAUGCAAUAAAGGUGUUGAGUAAACCCUACAUGUUGAAAGUGCGUGUUGUGCGGUCAGAAACGGCCAUGACAGAUGUUCUUCGGGAAGUAUCCCUCAUGAAAAUGUUGGAUCAUCCCAAUAUAGUAAAUCUCAUUGAGGUGAUUGACGACCCAAACACAGAUAAAUUCUACAUGGUUCUUGAGUAUGUUGAGGGGAAAAUGGUGUGCAAUAACGGCAUAGGUUUAGGAGAAGCUACUUCCAGGAAGUACUUGCGGGAUAUUGUCUCUGGUGUUAUGUAUCUUCACUCUCAUAACAUUAUUCAUGGUGAUAUUAAACCAGACAACCUCUUGGUCACAAGUACUGGCAAUGUGAAGAUAGGGGACUUCAGUGUUAGCCAGAUAUUUGAGGAUGACGAUGAUAUGCUUUGGAGGUCUCCGGGUACUCCAGUUUUCACUGCACCAGAGUGCUGUCAAGGUUCAGCCUACCAUGGCAGAACAGCUGAUACAUGGGCAGUCGGUGUUACCCUGUAUUGCAUGAUCACCGGGAAAUAUCCAUUCCUUGGAGAAACUCUGCAGGAAACUUACGACAAGAUCGCCAAUGAUCCGGUGGAAAUACCCGGCGACACGAGCCCCCAGCUCGCCGACUUGAUGCAGAGGCUGCUCUACAAAGAUCCGGGAGAUCGUAUGACCCUGCAGGCCGUGGCCGCGCAUCCCUGGGUCGCCGGGGCUGAGGGUCCGGUCCCUGAGUUUGUGUGUAGGUGCGGUUUCGGUCGCAGGAACAGGAGUGAUUCGCAGGAGGCGGUGCAAUAACAGAGAGCCAGCCUUUUUGGGCAUUGCUGUGGUGCUAGCCUAGUAGUGUGUGUGUGUGUAGAUAUAACAGAUGAAGUGUGUCGUAGCAAAACAAUCUUUGUGUUUUGAGUUUUCGGUACAGAAUAGAGUGCCAGUCUGAUUCUUUUUUUUUAUCGCAAGCUUUACGCACAUCGCCUUGUGUCACGGCGGCGAAUGUUUUAUUCUUGUUGAAUCAAUCCAAUAUAGUGAGAAAGCA